AUGGGGUGCUUUCCCCAUUUCUGCCUUUUUGCACUCUUUUACCUGGGAGCCUCUCAAAUUACUCCCCGGCUAAGGCUGAUUCCUAAAGAUGUCACGACGCGAACUUUCAAUCAGAAGGAACGGCUGUUGGCCAUGUUUCACGAGGCUGGGUCCCCCCAGCUGAUUGUCGGAGGGCAAGGGGCAGUCUGGAUUCUGACCUUUGAGGGUUCCGACAUCACACCCACCGAGGUGCCAGUGCCCGUCGAAGAGAAGGCCGAGAGGGAUUGUAAGAGAGCAGAGAAGGGCAACUGUGAUAAUUUCAUCCAGAUGAUCGAAAGAAUAGAGAAUAAAACCCUGGUCUGUGGAACGAAUGCAGGUUCUCCCAAAUGCUGGAUUCUGGUCAACACAACACUGCAGACGAGCAGCCACGGACAAAUUUUCACCAUGGUAGGAGAGAACGUCAUCUCAGCCUCACCGUCGCAAAAAGCCGUCACCAUCGCCAUUGAAGACAGCCUUUACUCGGCCUUAUCUGGGAAUAAAAGUUCCUUCCAGAGGAGCUACGGACGGAAGAAAGGGAUCAAGACGAGGGACAGUUGGAUCAGCAAUGCUGAAUUUGCAGGAGCAGCCCUCCUCCAGCACAGAGACCGAAGGAAAGAUGAAAUUUUUUUCUUCUACAAUGAGGUCAACCGGUCAGCCGGCCUGGAUGAGGAACUGUACAAAGUUUGGCUCGGCCGUGUGUGCAAGAUGGAUCAAGGAGAGAAGCCAGCUUCAGGUGAUUUCUGGAGCACCUUCCUCAAAGCGAGGCUGGUGUGUGGGCGCCCCCACGAACCCCUGAGUUUCCACCGCCUGGAGGACACCUUUGUUUUCAGAGAGGAGGGCCAGCCCGAGACGUUGUACGGGGUCUUUUCCAGCCCAUGGGGCACGUCUGCGGUUUGUUCAUACUCCAUGAAUCGAAUCCGUUCCUAUUUUGAAAAUUCCAAAUUCAAGGAUGCUCCAGGCGCCGUUCCUCAUCCCAAACCUGGCACGUGUGUUCCACCUGAUUCCAGUUCUUCCUUGGCCAAAAUGCUGGCCUUCAUUAAGGAGCACCCAGAGUUAGAAGCCGUUGUUUAUCCAGAUGAGGAACAACCGCUGUAUGUCCUUCAGAUGAAUGAUACGUACACUCAGGUGGUGAUGGAUAAAGUACGGGAUGCCAACAACGUCUCCCGUGAUGUCCUCUUUCUUGGAACGUCCAAAGGGAAGAUCCAUAAAGUCCUCCAAAGCAAAGAACAGAUGGUGAUCAUCGCUGAGUUAAGCCCCUUCAAGAUUGAAGCACCUGUCACCCAUAUGAUCCUGGAUGCCAUCACGGGCCAUCUCUACGUGAGCACCGAGUUUGAAGUCACGCGUCUACCCUUGCAAGACUGCAACCAAUAUAAUGGAAAUUGUUGGAAGUGCAUCUUGGCCCAGGACCCUUACUGUGGGUGGGACGCAGCUGGAAAGAGUUGUUCUGCCAUCUCCCAGGAAAACCACACCAACAGGUUGAUUCAGAACCUGGAUUCGUCCAGCACCACUCAGGCGUGCAAAGCUGCUGAAGAAAAAUUAGCCCCGGAUGCCAUCAAGAAAGUCAGCGUGGACCGUACGGCUUACAUCUACCUGCCUUGCCCGCUAAGGUCCCACCAUGCCAGCUACAGUUGGGUCAAGGACAAGAAGGUUUACCCCUGUUCCAUGGAGGACCAAUCCUGCACGCUUCGCUUUGGACAGGACACGCCGAUAGACGAAGGUGUCUUCAAAUGCACAGCUAGAGAAAAAGGCUACAGGGAGGAAAUUAUGGCUUUUGAGGUCGCUCUUAGUCGUGACGUAAUCCUGGAGCUCUCUCUGACACUUUCAGGAGCCGCCUUGCUCUCCAUAAUGAUCCUCUUGCUAUAG